CCACCUUUAGCUGUUUCCUCACUGGGAUGGUCACCAUUACUUCGUCUCAGCUACGGCCGCUACUGUUGUCGACGCUUGUUAUAGCUUGUCUUUUCUACUUAUAUGCAUUCCCGCUCAACUGGUCCUCGGGAUCUACAAAAACUGCCCAUGUAGAUCAAAGCGCGUCAUCUGCUGAACAACUGGUGGUUGUUUCAGAGCCACAUCCCAAUCUCCCAGACCCAUCAUUGCCCCCUGCUUGGCACAACACCACCCGUGCCAACGCCGCCUUCGUUAUUUUGACCAGAAAUAAAGAACUGGAUGAUGUGCGAUGGACCAUGCGACAAUUAGAGGCAAGAUUCAACCACAAGUUCAACUACCCGUAUGUAUUUCUCAACGACGAACCCUUCACUGAAGAAUUCAAAGAAUUGACUCGGGGCAUGACCAAUGCAAAGAUUCAAUAUGGUAUCAUUCCUCACGGCCAUUGGAGCUACCCGGAAUGGAUUGAUGUGGACAAAGCCACUGCUCUUCGGGAGCAAAUGGGUAGAGAAGGUGUUAUUUACGGUGACAAUUUGUCGUAUCGUCAUAUGUGCAGAUUUGAAAGUGGCUUCUUUUUCAGACACCCUUUGAUGCUGGAAUAUGAUUAUUACUGGCGUGUUGAACCCAGUGUCGACUUUUAUUGUGACAUUGAUUAUGACCCUUUCCUCUACAUGAAAGAAAACAAAAUGAAAUACGGUUGGACGAUCUCUCUUUUUGAAUACGAAUCCACCGUUCGUACGCUAUGGCCAACCGUCAAAAAUUUCAUGAAGGAAUAUCCCGAUCUCAUCCCAGAAAACAAUUUGAUUGAUUUUGUGACCAAUGAUGGUGGAGAUACCUACAACAUGUGCCACUUUUGGUCCAACUUUGAAAUUGCUGAUUUGAAUUGGUUGCGCGGACCUGCCUAUCUUCGAUAUUUCGAGUACCUUGAUCGCGCGGGUGGUUUCUUCUACGAAAGAUGGGGUGAUGCGCCGGUCCAUUCCAUUGCUGCUGCCAUAUUCCUCAACAAAACAGAAGUUCACUUCUUUGAUGACAUUGGCUACCGACACAAUCCAUUUACACAUUGUCCCACUCGACGUGAAUUGCAAAAGAAAUGUCAUUGUAACGCAGACGAUAACUUUGAUUACAGCGCUUAUUCUUGCAUGCGACGAUGGGAGGAAGUUACGAGGGAUUAAAAUAACACGUACCAUAUAUUUCAUUUGUAAUUUAUCAUUGCUCAUUACAAUAAAGGAGCCUCUCUGCAAAGGACACUGAAAAAUGUAUUAAACACAAAACAAAAUUGACCAUCC